AGAGAGGAGGAGUGUCGUAAGAAAGAGGAGGCUGAACGAGUGAGGACGGAGAGAGAGAAACACUUUGAGAAAGAGGAGGCUGAACGAAUGGAGAGGAAAAAGCGUCUGGAGGACAUUAUGAAGAGGACCCGUCGCUCUGACCACGUGGAGAAGAAAACACCUCGCAAGAAUGGAGCUGACCCAGGUAACAGUGCGUCUGUUCCCUCAGUGAGUGUGUCAGGGUCAGGGACCGAGCACAGUGACAGCAACGGUCAUGGAGCCCCCAACCUUGACCCCAGCUCUAACCCCAGCACAGCACUGCUGCCCCCUGCUGACGAGAGGCUGUUUGAAGAGGUGAUAGUUCUCCCUGCAGACUCCAGACUUCCUCCUCCUGGUGAUGAAGAGGAGGAAGAAGAGCAGCUUGUCAUUGCGUUCCAGGAGAACGGUAUCGUCAUGCCUCUGAUUGGAGGAGUGGUCGACACCCCGAUACAACACACAGCAGAUGUUGUCUGAUGACUGGAAAAGACAUGGUGGAGGGGGAGAUGGUGGAGGACACAUGGUGGAGGACACGUGGUGGAGGACACAUGGUGGAGGACACAUGGUGGAGGACACGUGGUGGAGGACACAUGGUG